CAGAGAUUCGUACGUGCAGUUUCGAUCGCACGUUAAAUCAGGCUUGCUCGUUCGUUCGCACAAUUGUGAAUCGAUUCCGACAAGAUAUUGUGAUAACAUUAUUUAUCAAUGUACGACAUGCACUGGACGAUAUUGUUAUCCAUCGUGAUAGGAACCCUGGGCAUCUAUUAUUUCUUUUCAAAAAGAUUUCAUUACUUUAAGAGACACAAUGUCAUCCACGUGCUACCCUUUUCGAUAUUUGGUGAUUUGUGGCCGAUUAUAUUUCGCCAAAUAUCAUUCGCCGCUUACAUACAGAAAUUGUACACUUCCAAGCCGGACGCCAAGUACUUCGGGGCCUACGCUAUGAUGAAACCUAUAAUCUUUCUUCGCGAUCCAGAGAUCAUGAAAGAAGUUCUCAUCAAGAAUUUUGACGCCUUCCCCAAUCGCGAAGGUUUCGGCCUCAUUAACGACCCCUUGUUCUCGAAAAAUUUGUUUUCUCUCCAAGGACAAAAGUGGAGAGACGUGAGAACUUUAUUGAGCCCGGCUUUUACGUCCAGCAAAAUGAGGACCAUGUUCAUCCUGAUGUCGGAGUGUGCUGUGGAGUUCGUUAAAUCUCUGUCGAAGAUAUCGGCGGAUAAAGGUGACAUGGAUAUGAAGGACGCGUUCACCAGGUAUACGAACGACGUGAUCGCCACGUGUGCAUUUGGAAUUAAGGUCGAUUCUAUGAGCGAUCCUACAAACAAGUUCUAUGUUAAUGGUAAAGACGCCAGUAGCUUCCAAGGGCUGCGUAGUUUGAAGUUAAUCAUGUUCGCGACCUUCCCGCGGCUCAUGCAAGCCCUUGGUUGGAAAUUCCUGAAGAAAGACGUGAGAGAAUUCUUCCAAGACAUUGUGAAGGAUACCAUCGACACACGCGAUGCGAAAAACAUCACACGCCCUGACAUGAUACAGUUGAUGAUGGACGUCAGAGGUAAACGCGAGGCUGAAAGAGAACUCACUAUUGAGGAAAUAACCGCGCAGGCGUUUAUCUUCUUCCUCGGCGGCUUCGAGACCAGCUCGACCGCGAUGUGCUUCACGGCUCAGGAGAUCGCAGCCAAUCCGGACGUCCAGGCGAAGCUGCGGCAAGAGAUCGACAAAGCUCUGGAGGAUUCAAACGGCGAAGCGACUUACGAAGUUAUCAAUCGCCUGGGAUAUUUAGACGCGGUAAUAAACGAAAGUCUCAGAUUACAUCCGCCCCUCGUCUCCUCCGAAAGACAAUGCGAGAGAGAUUAUGAAUUGCCGCCCGCAUUGCCCAGUGAGAAGCCUUUCAUUUUGAAGAAAGGCAUGUCUGUUUGGAUUCCACAUUACGCACUCCAGCGCGAUGAGAAGUACUUCGACGAUCCGGACAAAUUUCGUCCCGAGAGAUUUUUGGACGACAACGCUUACCAUAACUCUCCUUGUUACGCACCGUUCGGAUUAGGGCCGCGAAUGUGCAUCGCCAGCAGAUUCGCCAUAUUGGAGAUUAAAGUAUUGCUGUUUCAUCUAUUGGCGCGAUGUGAGCUGAAACCGGGCGCGAAAGCAAUUUUGCCCAUAAAAUUGAGCAAAUCAGCUUUCAUGAUGGCUCCAGAGGGAGGAUUCUGGCUGAGAGUUAAACGUAGAAACGAUGUGCAUUUUACAAUUGGGUCGACGACAACGCUCGAUAACAAUGUUGACAAUUUUGGAAAAAUGUUUUAAGUGCGCUGACAGUUGACGGAAUCAUGUAGACCCGAUCGUAGAUGCACCCAAGUAACACAUGGUUUUAUAUAUGUUUUUUGAACGUACUAUAUAUAAAGUUUCAUAAUCGUAAAGAACCAUUUAGAAAUGUUUAAACAGAAAUGGAUUUGAAAGCAUAAUAUAAGAAACGUAAUUGUUACAUUUUUACAGGAAAUAAGAAAUAUUUGUUUUUCCUUUUCAAAAAUUAUAAUUUUCUUCAUAUAUAAUAGUUACAAUAGUCCUUUUUGAAACCUGGAAAGAAUCCUAAGUAAUAAGGUGAUGUCAAAUGAUGUUUUAAUGACGUUUUAUUAACGUAAAAAAUCUUAAUAAAUAUUUCAUAUUUAAUAUGAAAUAAUUAAUAAAUAUACAAUAUAAUUU